CCAACUCUGAAUUUUCGACUCCUCGCUCAAAAGCAAAAUACUACGAACAAUAACAACGUAAGUACCAUCCAUCCUGUCUUCAUGUUUCUUCACCUCAAACAAAGUACCGUAAGGAUAAAUUUCCAACAAUUAGGCUGAAAAUGUGGGUCUAAGCUGACCGAGAAACGGUGUCCGCGGACGGGCGUGCACUUGGCGUGGCGGACUAUUUGACUUCGAUGUUGUCAUUGUCUGUUUGAUCACCACAGCUAUCUUUAUAGGAGGUUGCAUCAUGAUGGGAAAAGCCUCUUGAGUUUCAUGCUUUUGGAAUCAUGGCACGACCGAAGUGGCUAACGUCUUUGACGCAACAUGGCGAGAAUCCGCCGGCGAUGCUAGAAUUCAGAAGCUCGGAUGGCUUCAUCAUUGGGACUGUGGCAUUGGCUGUGUUCACUGACAUGUUUCUCUACGGAGUCGUUGUUCCCGUAAUCCCAUUUGCUCUGCAGACUCGGAGCCAUGUCGGGCAUGAUCGAGUACAGUAUUGGGUCUCUGUCUUGAUUGCCAUCUAUGGAGCCUCGCUUUUGGCGUUUUCCCCACUCUGUGGCUGGCUUGCGGACAGAGGAUCUUCUCGAAGAUCUCCGCUUUUGCUCGGUUUGCUUGCAUUGCUAGGCUCCACAGUUCUUCUUCAGAUCGGUAACUCGACAGGCAUCUUUGUUGCUGGUAGAGUUCUACAAGGCGCCUCAGCAGCAGUUGUAUGGGUGAUUGGUCUCGCUUUGCUGGCUGACACCGUACCCCAAGAAAACCUUGCACAGGCUAUGGGAUAUGUCAGCUUAGGCAUGUCGUUGGGUAUCCUCAUUGCGCCCUUGCUAGGUGGCGUAGUGUUUGACCGGGCUGGCUACGACGCUGUCUUUGGCAUGGCAUAUGGCCUCAUCGGACUCGACAUCGUCCUUCGACUGCUACUGGUCGAAAAGAAGGUCGCUGCAAGAUGGGAUCCAGUGUCUGAAGUACAGGCAAAUAUUGUAGCAGAGCCUCCCAACAACGGACCUUCUCUCGCACGGGACAGAACGGCCGACACCGAGAAAGGCCUCCAGUCCGGAGAAUCGGCCAUCCCGGAUCAGCCCAUUGACACACUUAGAGACCGCCGGCGCGACCAUUUGCCACCUGUCCUGGCUCUCUUGUACUCCCGUCGACUCCUCGCCGCGCUUUUCUGUGCCCUCAUCCAGGCUGCACUGCUCACGUCCUUCGACUCUGUACUCACCAUACGCGCCGCCAACCUUUUUGGGUGGACGGCGACUGGAGCUGCACUUCUGUUCCUACCGAUCGUCAUCCCGAGCUUCCUUGCGCCAGUCUUUGGUUGGUUCAGCGACAAUUAUGGCGGGAGGUAUCUAGUCACCCUCGGCUUUUUCGGCGCAUGUCCUCCGCUGAUCUGUCUACGCUUCGUCAAUGAGAACACGACGAACGACAAAGUCAUCCUCUGUGCACUACUUUCACUGACCGGUCUGUUCCUCGCGCUCACAUUCCCACCGAUCAUGGCAGAGAUCUCGGUCGUUGCGGAGGCGAAAGAGAAGAGCAUGCUUGCAGCUGGCCGCGCUGGGUUCGGACCAGGAGGGGCAUAUGCACAGGCCUACGGCCUAUUCAACAUGGCUUUCGCUGGUGGAUGCAUGGCAGGCCCGUUGUUAGCAGGUUUCAUUGUUGAGGACAAAGGGUGGUCGAUAAUGGCUUUGGUUCUGGGGAUCCUCUCGGCUAUCACAGCUGUACCGGCAUGCCUAUGGCUAGGAGGGUGGAUAGUAGGGAAGAAGCAGACUAAUGAGGGUAACUCCUAAUUAAGGUAUCACUUCUACUUUGUU